GGUCGCUCGAUCUGUCCAUUUAACAGCGACCCGUUAGCGGCGGCCCAACUAGAUGAGUGAGGGCUGAUCGUGCUGGUACUGCUAUCGAUGCCAAAGGCCCGUGCGGUGGUUCGUUUUGUCACAGCUCCGCAAAGACUGCCAACAGUGUUGGUGUUGGCUGUCGACAGAAGCUAUCGUUGGGUCGCGCUCACAGCGCGACUACCUUGAACUCUACGUUGACUAUGCCCUCUGAUACGUUGUGCGGCUGUGCUGAGGCGCGAGCGAGCCAAGGACCGUCUCGACAGUUUUAGACACGGACCAGUCACGACAACACGACCGCUACAGAAGACUGAUUCUACCUCUAUCUCGCCAGAGCAGGACCAUACUGCCACAGACGACUGGCUUUGAAGAGCAGGCCAACAUCUCUAAUCCAGCCUGUUUAACGUGUUGUGGAGCACGCGAAUGUUCAGCGCCCACCGCGACAGUAGACGAACAGAGGGAAAGAGAGAAAAUCGAGGGAAAGAGGAGAAUAUCACGGGAGAGGGAGAAAGUAAGCUUCAACAAGCAGUAGCUUAGGUCGCUGGCGACUCGUCGUCCCCCGACUAGUCUAACUGACCGACAAGCGUUUCGUCAAUGCUGUUUGUGGUUGGUUCGGUUAGUGAUCGGUGCACUAUGAAUGGACAGUCACCCAUCUUGUUCAAUGCGGCAGGACGUAGUCUCAUGCUAUCGUGACGUGUGCGGCGGGGUUUAAGUGGACAAGCAAAAAACCAGAAGUGGGUCUGCCGAGCAUAGCCAUUCCAGCCGGCAGCAGAUUAGUCGCCGAAGGCGAGCUCUGAUUGCUCGACACUCCAUCGAACGUGUUCCUCUAGGCAACGGUGCCGAAAGUGACGUUUCGCUUUACAGUCGUCAUUUCAUUAUCGUAACAAGGGUCGACCAACGUUUUUUUUUUUCUAGCAGAAACAAACCGAUAGCCGACAACGGCACACAGGCUGCUGUUCGGAAAUGGACUGGGCAGAUCGGCUCGGCAGACCUCAAGUGAAGUUAAACAUCUUGAAAAGUAUUCAUCAGAAGGGCGCUUAGUCAGCGGUCAUCAUAUCAGCGGACGAUACUGCACCGCUCCAGUCUAUGGCGAGGCCAAACUUGCGAUACGUUAAAAGGCAAAACGCUUGCUACCUGUAUCAGAACUUAGCUUUAUUUCUUUGUUAGAUGUUCAUCCUGUCCGACUUUUGCGGAAAGAUAGAGGCAGAAAAAUUCUACCGCUAGCUGUACGAACGCUGAAACCACACCACCAUAAAAUGUAAUUUUGUAUUUUGGCUUCAAAUGAUUGUUUUACGCAUCCAUAAACGUGUACGAUCCGAUCCUUUAUUGCACAGUCCACUGGGGCUCUAAGAUGAAACGCAAAGGUUUCAUUGUAAGCCGAUACGAUACAAAGUUUAUUACGAUAGAUUGUCCUUCCGGUGUUCAUCGCAUCGUAUAGCGACAAAGGAUAGCCGUUUGAAAGUUGUCCGUUCCAACAGCAACGUCAGCUCGCUAGUAAAUCCCAGUGCCAGAUCAGAGGGCACACUGAAGGCGUCAAGGUUCUUAAGCAAUUCAAUUCUGUAUAGCAUCAACUGAUGUAGUAGUGAAUGAAAGAUAGUAAGCCAGGCUAAGUACCGCCGAUACCUGAACCACUGCAUGAAUACCAAUCAGCUGAAAUACGUAUAUUUAAGUGCUGCAGCGAAACCAUAGCGAAGUAAACGUCGCUUUAAGCCUAAAUUAAGCGAGCUGUUAGAACGGAUGGGUGCAGAAAGAAGUCUUCCCAUUCCGUAAGUACAGUUAAUCAAACCGCAAACAAGUUAGAAUUUGCUCAAUACUUAUUAUCGGUUGUCCUCCAUUGGUCUAGGCGCGAGGCAGCAAGCCAGCAGCGACUAGAUCAAUAGCUAUUUAUUAUCCUCCAACUACUUGCUCACACCGAUCACUGUUUCUUGUUGUGUCCGGCCAACGAAUGCUAUUUGGAAACUUAGAAAACUCAAUAACCCGCUGGGAGACGCGAAAACAUUUUGACAAAGGACGAUACUUCCACUCGAACGUCGCUACUGCCGCCUCUGCCACUGCUACGAUUGACGUACGGACAACAUUCUUCGAGAGAGAACCUCUUCGUUUUGUACAGCCGCAAGAAAUUCGACCUGUAUUUAUUGCAUACUUAAUUCCAGGCCAAUUUAACAGGCCUACGCACACUGUAGAUUGCGGCCAUACAAACAAAAAUAUGAAUUACAUAGGCCUAUUGAAUCAACAACAGUGACCCUGCGGAUCAACCGAAUUAGCAAUAAGUGCCGUUAAGAAAUUCAGCAGCGCAGCCCAAGUUGCAAAAUACCGGUAGCUCUUAACAAGCAACAUUCGUUUUAGAAAUCACCAUAGUAAGCAAGAAAAACGGAAAAACAAUUCUAAUAAAAGGCCAUUUACACUAGAGGUGAAUAUACGAGAGGACCAUUACCGCUAUCUACUAGUGCUAGAUAAUAUGUAGCAAAUAUGUGAAUCAGCGCAAUUGCAGCUAGGCGAAGUCGAGACGCUAGAAAUAAAGAAGUCGUCUGUGCUCGUCCCAAGUUGUCCUUCUUCAACUUCAUCAGUCAACUUCUCUUAUCGAAUAGAUCGUCAAAAAGUAAAAUCGAAACAUUUCAUGUAGCGUCAAAAACGUCCCGCUUCGUUGUCGCUAUCUCGUGCGAAGAGCAUCCUAUUAUCGUGACUUUGAGACGGGCAAAAAAAUAAUUCAAAAAGGCUGACGGAAGAGGCGAGAAACGGGCACGAACAGAAGGAUAGAUGGUUGUAUACGAAAUAAUUUACAAUAAUGAAUCUCACAGCAUAACAGUAGCGUUGAAGCCAGCAAUAAGAAGAAGCUGUAUCAGACGAAACGCCGAAGGACAAAGAGCGAGAGGAUAUUCGAAGUAGCAGAUGAGAUCAAUGCAGGAUAAAACAAAGCAGGAUACAAAAUAGAACGCGUUGGUCUACCAGAUACGGCAGCUAUACUCAGUGCGAUCUAUACACAAGAGUUAAAAAGAAGCCUCGUGGCACAAGCUAACAGUAUUUUGAUCUGGCACCGACCGAACCAGAAGCAAUAUUAACUCUGACGUCAAGCAAUAAAAAAAACCCAGCACCAUCAGCAGUGAUAUCAAGUCGUGGCGUACACAACUUACAUCUGGUUUUCAAUCGGAUAGAAGAUGGUAUCAGUACGUGCAUGUUUUGGCGUCACGUCGAAGAACAUCACAGUAGUCUAUUCAAUUCCAGUAGAUUAAAACUAGCCGAUACUUCAAGCUUCGUUAAGUUAGGCGAGCCCUGCUGAAAUUAUUGUUUAUGAAAAUCAUCCUCAAGCCGUGCUGUGGAUUCUUCCUACAUAUUCCUCGGUCGAUCAAGGUCAAAUUGUUUAGCUAUUUGACAGAAAUAAAUAAAGUCAGAACUUUGAACGUGAAGAUAUCGGUAGUUUGCUGCAUCAAUUUCCAGUUGUGGCUAUUACUGCAUUGAAUUUAUUUUUAUAAGUGUGCAAAUGUGCGUCCGAUCCAGUGGUAUAAUCAAGUGAAGUUCGAUCUUUCUCAUUCGUUGGCCAAAGUUCUCCAAACGAACUUGAAGCUAGUCGCGAUUUCAUGCUCUGCGUUGUGAGCUCAUCACGUCUUACCGUACGUCCCGCCAUUAUAUCGUCGUGUUUCUGUGGUUACAUUUCAUCGGGUCUAUACAGAAAAUAACCGGGCUACGUUGUGCUGGAAGCUCGUGAAGCGUGGGAGUUCUAAGGAGAGUUGAAAAUUAUCAAUCAUCUAUCAACAAAGCAUAAAGCUGCGUGUCAGUGUGGAUUAUUGUUACUGUUUUGGAUAUUUGUUGUGAUUUUGCCUUUUGUUGCUAUUUUCCUGCUGUUACGACGGCUGCUACCACUAUCACACGAAAUUCAUAGGCUGGCACAAAUUAGGAAUUUUCCAUUGAAACUGACAAUAUCAAAAGUAAUACUGCUAGGAUCCCUACUAUCAGCAGAUCACUCGCUACCGCAAUUGAAUAUCAUACCAAUUUGAGUGCAAAGCACAAGUUAUUUGUUGUGGUCGUCUGUGCCUUUGUGAUUGCCGGCAGCGUGGCAACAUAUCGGUAGUACGACAAGAAACAUAGAGGGCAACAACGACACAGAGGACAACAGAAAAUGGCGGAUGCUUACCCAAUGUAUGAUGACGAGGAGCUGGUGUCGUCAGCGCCCGACAGCCGAAACUACAAAGGUAUCGGUAUUGCACUGCUCGUCAUUGUUAUCGUCUGCGCGCUCAUUGUCACCGCCGUCGUGCUGCUCACCCCUCCGGAUACCGGUCCGCGAGUGAAGAAUCAGCGAAUUUCGUUGGAUGAGAUACUUCACGGUGAGUUUCAACCGAAUAGAUUCAAUGGAUCGUGGACGUCAGAUACGGUGCUCACCUUCCGUAACGGCGACGGUGCACUGGUUUCAUACGACGUUUUCACGAAGAAGCUUACUAACCUCGUUAUCAACACAACAUUCCGAACGUAUAAUGUGUAUGGCACUGAAUCGUACCAGAUUUCGCCCGAUCUUCGGCAUCUUCUACUUACCGUUGAAAGAAAACCUAAAUACCGACACAGUUUCGAAGGAAAGUUUAAAAUCUACGACAUCCACAAAAAACAUGCUUACGACUUACAUUCGCCGGGUGGCCCAAGGAGUCUGCUGCAGUUUGCCGGAUGGGGGCAUCGCGGUUCGCAGCUCAGCGUCGUCUGGAACAACGAUCUCUACUAUUACAAUUCUGUCAACGCAGUUCCGGUUCGACUUACCAAUGACGGUGAAUCCGAUGUUUUAUUUAAUGCUAUCCCCGACUGGCUCUAUGAAGAAGAGAUCCUUUCCUCAAACAAAGCAAUGUGGUUUUCACCCAACGGUGAAAAGCUUUGCUUCGCUAAAUUUAACGAUUCCAAAGUGGAUAUCCAACCGAUUCCUCGCUACGGCUCGGAACUUGACCCAAAGGCCAAUCAAUACCCUAAAAUCGAGCAACUUCGCUAUCCGAAACCGGGCAGGCCGAUACCGUCCGUUGAGCUGUUCGUCUUUAAGACACUUCCAAAGGAGGGCGACAACAGCUUUCCGUCAGCUGUUGUCGUCAAGCCUCCACAGAGUUUACGUGGCAAGGAAUACUACGUCACGAUAGUAUCAUGGAUUGAUGAUAACCGCCUUCUGAUGAAUUUUCUGCUUAGAUCGCAAACUCAGGCGGUGCUGGCUGUCUGCUGGGAUCACAAUCGCAAGAACUCUGAUUACGAAUGUGCUGAGAGUCAAACAGAGACUUCGCAUACUGGUUGGGUCGAAAUCAACGAUCAACCCUUGUUUGACGGCGAACGGCAGGCCUAUUUUCUUCCGCUUCCUGUUAACGAUGGAGCCAACGGAAAAUUUUUACAUGUGGCCAAAAUCAGCCUUGCCACCGGCGAACGCGAUUACCUGACACAUGGUCCGUUUGAUAUCGUAUCGCUUAAAGCAUACGAUAAAAAGAACAAAUUUGUAUACUUCUUGUCGACGCGUGAAAAUGCCCCGGGCGAACAACAUCUGUACCGUGUCAAGGAUACAAAAGAUGAUGACAAGGAGCUCGAGUGCUUAACUUGCGAUAUCGGAAGUGGAUCCGCCAACAUUUCGGACUCUCCAGCCGAUCUCAAUGUCGACAUCGAGUGCUCCUUCGUCGAUGCGCAUUUCAAUCCCACGGCAGACUUCUAUGUUCGUGAAUGUCUUGGUCCAGGCAUACCCUCAGUUGCCCUCGUUGAUGUCGUCCAAAAUAACACAGUCGUGAAAAUUAUGGAUACAAAUGACCGCCUGCGUGAACUAGUCGAGAUUCGAGCUAUGCCUCAGGUCCGAAAUUUCUCAGCCCCUCUGACGGACAAAUAUAAUGCUGCGGUGCGUCUGUUACUUCCGCCAGGACUUCGUGAUGAAGAAAUCAUCAAAUACCCAAUGGUGGUUGACGUUUACGCUGGACCAGGAUCGAUUGCAAUUCAAGAGCGUUUUGUGAUCAGCUGGGGUCACUAUCUAGCUUCAAAGAAAAACAUCAUCUACGCAAGUAUCGACGGACGAGGCUCCGCCCGACAAGGCGAAACUCGAAUGCACGAGGUCUAUAAACACCUUGGCACUAUCGAAGUAGCCGAUCAGCUGGCCGUUGUACGCUACCUCAAGAGCAUGCUACACUUCAUUGAAGAGGAUCAUGUCGCUUUACAGGGGUGGUCCUAUGGCGGGUACGUGACAGCCCUGGCACUUGCUCAAGACAGCGAAACCGACCCCGUCUUCUGUUGUGGAAUCUCAAUCGCGCCCGCUUCCAACUGGCUAUACUAUGAUGCCGCUUAUACUGAACGCUAUAUGCAGAAUCCUAGCGUCAACGUCGGAGGGUACGAAACAGCUGACUUGACCCGUCAAGUCGACAACAUCAAAAACAAGAAGUUCUUCCUGAUACACGGAACCCUUGACGAUAAUGUCCAUUACCAACAAUCGAUGAUGCUCACACAGGCGCUUGUAAAGAAGGAAAUCCUGUUCUCUAGCUUGUGUUGUCUUAUAACGAGCGUCUCGUUCUUGUUGAAAAAAGUCUGGCAAGGUUCGCACGAAAAAAGGAGACCUACCCCGAUCAAAGGCACCAGCUUUCCGGCGUGCGGGCUCAUCUCUACAGGUCGAUGGAGAGCUUCUUUGAUCAAUGUUUCAACUCCAACAACGCUGAAGAGAUCGGCCUCAUGACGGUGAAGGCCAGGGAUCGUCGAUAAAGAUAAUGAACGAGCAGCAAGCGACAUAUGUAAAUCACUUAGCAAUCGGGCACCUUCCUAGAGUCAUGGUGAGAAGACUGAAAGACCUCAGGGGACGUGAUAACGGAUGAUGACACUUCCUCAGCCAUAACGAAGGCAGGAUCAACGACGCUGAUAGUCACACCAUCGUCAAAAAGCAAGUUUCACAUAACGCGAAAUCGGUGAAUGGUUCUGCCCCGCUUUAAAGCAGUCCAACUAACGAUUUUCCAGAUGCACACGAACAAAUAAGGGCCAUUCAAAUCUACAGGUAGAGAAUUGCAACUAUGCGAAAAUUGAUUGAUUUAUCACCUGUCAGAGCUAGCAGCCAUUACAUAAUAUCCCUCGGUUACUACGAAGCAAGCUAACUGAUGUCAAUCAACCGCUAAUAAAUCAGUUCACGGUAAUGAUCAACGGUUAGACAUCAUUAACACUCCAGCCAACCUCGGCGAACGUAUACUUCAAUCAUGGAUAACAAUGACUAGCGAGUUUCUAAUACAUAGCAAUGGCGAAAAUGGGAUUAGAACGUAUGAAAUGUUUAGGAAGGUCACAAAAACGGGGUGCCAGAUCACGCUACAGAGACUAUGAUUAAUUAGAUGCUUCAAUCUAUAUAUUUUUACAACUAAAAACUCGUCAAUCAGAGCCAAAUACGUUUCGUUUUCCAGCUUCCCUUCAUCACUGGCCUGGCGUUUGUUAUGACACGGUUUAUUUCAGCUCUUAUUGCUGCUUACUGCUGCUCGGGUCCAAGGAAUCGAAAAUCAACAAAAGCAAAAUAAAUAAAGAUAGCGAUCCUCAAUGUCGUUAACCGAGUUUCGUUUAAAUUAGUGAGGUAUUGACCUGUGACCUCGAAGAACGAGGCAAAGGACGGAACAUUUUAAGGUCUAGUAAAUUGACGGGAUUAAGGAAACGUGAAAAAGAACGCUACGCUUUUCAUCCGACAGAUAUAAGUUCGAUACGAGCGGAACAACAAGCACCUGUCUUGGAAUAAGCCAAACUGUCGUGUUCCAACGGAUGUCAUCGAGUCGCAGGACGCCUACGAACAUCCAGCGCUCAGGGUCUGGAAUCAAUAGAUAGAUAUAACACUUGCGCGAUUACUACCGUAACGGUAAUUGUCGACCGUGAUCACUGAAGUUAUAGAUAAUACGAUUCCUACAACGCCAACGAUAGCCAGUGAUGUAACCAACGUAAACGACAUGAUCAGUGACAAAUCUAGAAUUACUGGGGACAAGUCUAGGGCGAUCGUAAUAGUACCGCUGCCUUUGUCUGGCUACCAGUUUCAAUUGGCGUCAAAUUAAUAUGACUAUAAUAUGUAAUAUAAAUUAAGAUGGUCUAAUAAUCAUAAGCGAGCACUCCAACAAAAACACCAAAAGCGGUAACACCGACGAUCCAUUAUAGAACGUCUGCUUACAUGAACAGUUUCCAUCCAGAGGAACCCUAUCCUUACCCCUAUAUUAAUCGUUCUCCAUUAUAAAGUUGCCUUUUUAACUUUAAUUCUUCCGUUUAGCACUUUGUUUACUUAGCAUGUCUUAAAAAAGCAGCGAUACUGUUCAGAAUCUUCAGGCACCUCGCGGCUACGAGAUAAUUAUAGUUAUGUAGAUAUAUAAGUUAUAAGGAAAGGCCGCACGGCCAAAAACAGUGAACGUAUCAAAUGGUAGAUCAAGUCUUGAAGUCGCGCAUAAAAAUUGAUAGUUUACGGAUACUUGCAAAGGAAACAAAAUGAAAAAAAAAACAAAUCGAAAUAUACAACGGAAAGGGAAACAAUGGCUGAUGGUGAUAUGGAGAAGCGCAAAAAGGCAAAGUUUGAUCCUUCAUAUUGGUUCUGUAUGGUCAAACAAUGAAAAGCCGAAUAGUCACCUCCUGAGGCCGUCGAGCUUCAAGCGCAGAGAAAUAUUAUCAACUCUGUAAACAAACAUAUAUUCUGGCCGCAUGUGCCACUAUAAACACGCUUAUGGUUAGUAACAACAAAAAUAACGAUAUAUUUCUAAGGUAAUUCCAUCGACUGGCCACGAUGUUGAUAAGCGAUGCCAAGACCAGCAUCUGGGCCCAGUUAUAAUUGCGUGGGUGGUACGUGACGUGAAGUUGUUUUAGUUGUGAUGUACGAUUACGUCUUUUUAUGCAAAUAAACCAAUUAACGCGUGGCGAGAAUGCGUGCGCGCUUGUCUCUUUGUUUAUAUAGUGAUAUGAAACGAAGAAAAACUGUUGUAUGUACGUAUGUAUGUAUGUAUGUAUGUAUGUAUAACCGCUGUAUACCCGAUGAAUAUGCAUUGACGAUAAAUACUGCAUACUACUGAAGGGUAUGCAUGUUCAACCCCUCUACCGUCUCCAAAGAUUUAGACAUCGAAAAGAUAAGUUAAAGGUGGACGUGUGCCACAUGAAAACGGAGUGGAGCAGAGCAGAGCAAAGCAAAUUCGGGCACUGCUGUUUUUGUGAUUCGACCAUAUGGACGGCACCAAUUUAGGAAAUGAUCAAGCGGAAAUUAUGACAACAAACAAGAGAUUCGCUUCAAAGCGAGCCCGGAGGCAUGCAAAAUCGACGGCAAUGCUCUGCGUUGAGAGGGUCGCUGGUCUGUUUGGGCUGUGAGGGUGGCGUUCGAGUAGAAACAAUCGGAUUCCGUUGAGGGCUGUGGCAAAAGUAAACGAUCAGCUGUCUUCCACGAACGCUUUGAGAAUUAACAGGCUGCUGUAGUAGAAAAUAAAUUGGGGCCUAGGAAAAAAAAAGAAGCUAUAUAUCUUAAAAUAGUAUGGCCAUAUGGUAAAACUAUCGUAAAGUGACACAGGUGCUGACUUUCUAAGAGCGUUGCGGACGUCGACAGCGACUAGGGCAGUUUAGUAACGACAGGUCAAAUGUCGUUUGGAAAGGCUAAGUAAUAUUAUAUUUAAAAUUUAAUCUAUUAAUAGAUUUGAACCGUUUGAGUUUGAAACGUACUUUUGAGUUUACGAGUGAAAACGUACUUUUGUUUUCGCGAAAUUUCCUUGAAGCCACAUUGAACGACCGGACACAUACGAAGUUAGGUUGUACAACUUUUCUUCUUUAGAAUUCUACCCCUUCUACAGAAACGUACUGUUGUCCGAUUGAGUAAUGAUAGUGUAUGGGGGUCGGAACUUGGAGGUAAUGAUUCUGGCUUCGAAAUUUCCGGAUAAGCUCUCGCUCCUACGGUAUUAUUUGUGAUCUCGAGCCGCAUUUCUCGAUGAGGCUGGUGUCGGUCCAAUUAUAAAUUCUUCAAUUAUAUAGCUUCGUUGUUAUUGUUAUAAAUAGAAAACAAAAAUAUAGAGAUUUUCAUGGCAAAGGUGUCAAAAUUCAACAAAUUAAGUGGAAGGUCUAUGGUCAACUGAGUAAAAGGGACGACGAGAAUGAGUAGAUAAAAACUCUAUAUAUGAAUACCCACGGCACUAUACAUACGUCUAUGCACGUAAGGCAACAAUAAUGGUGAUGAAGGUCAACGGUGACAAUUUGUUUCGAGGCUGGUCUUAAGCAACACUUAAGAUGCUAAGCAAAAUGAUUUAGCCGCCUACGAGUAACAGACCAUUGGAAAGAAAAACGAAAAUUUCACUAAGGUCGUUUAAUAUAGAGGUUUUUAAUCGUUGAGAUAUGUUGGAGGCGCUGUAGGCCGUUGUUAGAAGGCAAAUUCAAACGAAACGCAAUGUCAGUGCGUGUGCAACCCUUUCGUGUCAAUAGAUGCGGGUCGGAGACUCGUAAAAAACCGAGCAAUUUCGAAGGCCGAGGCAGGGGCCCGCCAUAGACGAUGCGUGUAGGACACUGAAUGCGAGACGAGCAAGUGACGCUCUGUAUGUUCUAGAUAACAUUGCUGAUUUUUGAAAAUGUUUGCUGAUACGAACAUAAUAAUAACAGAAAACCAGACUAAGCAAACAACGAGCGCCAAAGAAACCAAUACCAUUUUAAAGUUAUCAGAAGUUCACAAGACGCUUGAAAACUGAAUUUAAUGAUAAGAGUAAUAAUGUGAUACUGAUGAAAUUGAUGGUUUGGGGUUUUGAAGAGCGUAUUCACAUGGAAAACCCGCAAGGUGAGACGACGUUAAAAGACGCAAGGUUCUAGAGAAAACAAAAAAUAAUAAUAAUAAACCUAUACUGGUAGUUACAUAUGAAAAAAAAAAAUAGUAAUAGCUCAUAGACGCUAAACGUAUUUUAAGAAAUGCACACACACAUAAACGCAGGUAACAUACUUAUGGAACUUUAGGUAAAAUCGGCCCAAUAUAAAAAAUUGUUUGUCUCCUAGCACUUACGUAAAGAAAAACUUGUUUCAUAGUCAAGAUCGACUUGUUAACGUAUACUUUUUGUAGAAUAGAAUCUAUACUAUGAUGAUAAUAAAUACUAUUACUGCUGCUGUUAAUCUUAACGAUCGCGUACGAACGGAGUAAAGAUAGUUACUAGUUCUAUAUGUGCGAUCUUUAGAUCUAUAAAUACAUAUAAUAUUAUGAUGUAGUGACUCCAAAGUCCUCAGAUAGGCCACAACCGCCACCGUAAGCGAAACCUACCCAGUCUAGGAGAAUUCAUGAAAUCUUUACAAAUGUCAGUUGCCAGACUAAGCCUUACAAUAGUUCCAGGCACUUACUGGGAGCUCUCUAUAAGCGAUAGCAAAGGAAACGGACUACGAUGCUUUUUACGGAAUAUGUGACCAGGUUUCGCAGAUUUGCUACAAACUAGAUUCGUUGGGAAAAAUUUACCAAUUGUGAAAAUUAUCUUAUAAUAUAUAUAUAUAUAUAUAUAUUACUUAUAUAUAAUAUUACUAACAGGGCAAUCUGAGUAAGAAUGGUCAUGCAACAAUAAAAAAAAAAAAACCGUUAGGAAAAAAUGAGAGGUCUGUGAUCACACUGGCAUUGAAUUGAAUUCGUAUAGUUCUCUUCAUACUAGGC